AUGUCGAGCACCAAUCCGGCGCCGCCGCCGCCAGCGCUCGCCUCGUCCGCACCCAUCGGGAUCAACGCUGACCAGAAUCAAAGCAAGUCUUGCGAUCGAGGUUGGCUGACGAUAGAUGCCAUCCCGGCCAAUAACGUCGCAAUCAGCACAGGCAUCGCUCAACUCUCCAUUAUGCCCACCACGCAAGAGGCAUGCACCGGGCCCAACCUCGCUGAGAUCUUUGCGGGACUUCAGGGCGCAGCAGGGAGCAUAGAGAGCAGGAUGGAGAAGCAGUUUAUGAUGCUCCGCUACGACUGUACUGCCUCGCUGCGUGCUGCAGUCAGUGCCAGCUUUCGAGACCUCGCUUCGUGGAACUUUCACGGCUCGUCGCUCUCGCAUGUCUUGCAAGAUGGUGGCGGCACCCUGAUCCCCCUCAUCUCUGACAUCCGCUUUACCGGGAUCACCCUGAACCGGCAAUUUGGCCUUGCCUUCAAGGUGUCCGCAAGUACCCCGCCCGGACCGGCACGGAACGCCGCGCAGAACUCGAGGUACGCGUUCUGGAGCUACGGCAAACGCCUGAUGAAUGGCGGGAUGGUGGCGCUGGUCACUCAGAGAAGGGGAUCUGCACCGGAAGUGAGGAUGGCGGUCAUAGCUGAGCAAGUCCACUUCCCGAAGAAGAACGAGCCGGAAGAGGACAAUAGCGAGACCAUCGACUUUGCACUCUCCUUCCCGGACGUCGUGGACACGGAAUGGGCGAUCCAAGAGGUGUUCCGCCGCGACCAUGCCUCUCACCCGAUCCGCUUCUUGCUGGAGAACCCCGUCAUGUUUAUCAGCUUCAAGCCCUUCCUGCACGGAUUGCAGACCUCGGAUCCCGUACAGCUCACUUCGACCCUUUUCGAGGCUAUCAACUUUGAUCCGUCGGCCGGACCCAUCCCCGUUCUGCACCCACCACCCUACGCGGUCAAGCCGGGUUUCAAGUGGGAUCUCACCUGCCUCAUGGCAUCGCCCGCGCAACGUCUGCGGAUGGCGCCGAGCUCUCCGGACUCGAUCGAUCUUGCCCGACAAAGCCUGUAUUCGGGGAGCACGCUUGACCCCUCCCAGGCGGACGCGAUCAUCUCGGCUCUUACCACCCAAAACUCCCUGAUCCAAGGUCCUCCGGGAACGGGCAAAACGUACACUGGCGUCCAGCUCCUACGCCUCUUCAUCAUCAACCAUGUCGGUCCCAUCGUCGUCAUGGCUCAGACCAACCAUGCGCUCGACAAUAUCCUCCGCGCAGCUCACGACUGCGGCGUCACCACGUCUAUCGUCCGACUCGGCGCAAGGUCGGAUGAUCCUGUACUCAAGAAUUUGACGCUGCAGAAGCGGGAGUUGCUCAUCGGAGGGAAGAGUCGGAUCACGAACAUUGUGCGGGGUUUGCGGGACUUGGAGAUGCAAAUGACCGAGCUCGUUGAUACAAUGUUGGCGAAUUCCGCUGCCAAUGCUACUCGCAUCCAAGACACCCUCGCGAAACGCCAUCCGCAUCACCAGGCUCAGCUCAUCUCGCCGUCAAGCUCUAUCCAGGCGAUGCUGGAUGAUCAGCUGCUCGAGGAGGAGCAAGGAUGGAGUGUGGCGACGGAGAAGGGCAUGAGCCGAGCUGUGAGCUUGUGGAGCUUUUGGGCGGACGGAGCCGACAUCCAGCACCUCGCAAAGCUGCGUGCUCAAGCGGUCGCUGGAGCGAACGUCCUCGCAAAUGGUCUGGCCGGACUCGACCUGGGCUCUAGUGAGAUGGGUCACGCUCAGGAUACAUGGGCAGGGCUCUUUCAGAAGGGAUGCUGGGAUCCGACCCUAUCAGCGCGUACUCAAGCGCUAUCGGAUCCGCACAAAUUCAUCCUCCACUUCGCGCUCCCGGCUAUACCGGCGACCUCGAAGACCGACCGAACAUACACGGAUCUCGCCCAGGACCCUAACGUCUGGUCCUACUCGAAAUCCGAACGUCGCCGCUUCAUCCAGAAUCUAGCGGAUCAGAGCAGGACGCAAAUGGACCUGCUUGGGAAUGCUCAAUACCAGCAUCUCAUCACGCAGUACGAGGCGAAGCGAGCGGACGUGGCUGAAGCUCGCCGCAUUCGUCAACUGGCGGCUCUGGAAGGUGUUCAAAUCGUCGGCUGUACGACCAACGGCGCAGCUAGACUCAGAGAGACGAUCGCCACGUUGUCGCCAAAGGUUCUGCUUGUCGAAGAGGCUGGUCAAGCCCUCGAGGCGCAUAUUCUCGCCACGCUCUCGCCUUCGAUCCAGCAUCUCAUUCAGCUUGGCGAUCCGCAACAGCUCCGCUGCAUCACCAACUGCUACAAGCUCUCCCUCGAGUCUCGCAUCGGCGCUGCGCACUAUCGCCUCAACGAGAGCAUGAUGGAACGUGUUCACGCUGCGGGGUACCCUAUGACUCAGCUCCUCACCCAACGCCGGAUGCGACCCCAGAUCUCGGCUUUGAUCCGGUCCCAGAUCUACCCGAACCUCAAGGAUGAUCAGCGGGUCAAGGUCUAUCCCAAGGUGCAGGGAUCCACGAAGGAUGUGUUCUUCUUCGAUCAUCGACACGAGGAAACGGCCGACGGUCAAGGCGGACAAAAGAAGGCGAAUCCUUGGGAGGCAAGGAUGGUGUCUGAGCUCGCACUUCACUUUGCCAAGCAAGGCUGCUAUCCCGCAGAGAAAGGAGUAGUCAUUCUGUGCGCCUACGCUGGUCAAGUCAUGGAGGUCAAGAAGUGUCUGGAAGGUCGAGCCGAGAUCAAGACUGGCGAGAAGGAGAAAGAGGCCCUCGCUCGAGCUGGCGGAAACAACGAUAUCUUCGGCCACUCAAUCAGACCGUCCAAGCUCACUGUCAUGGUUCGGACUAUCGACAGCUUUCAAGGCGAAGAGGCGGACAUUAUCAUACUCUCGCUCGUUCGCAACGCUGGAGAGACGGAAUCCCCUGAGAAGCACUCCAUUGGGUUCCUCAAGAUCAACAACCGAACCAAUGUCGCCAUCUCCCGCGCAAAGCACGGGCUAUUCAUCCUCGGUAACGCAGCCCAGCUCGCCUCCCAGAGUGACUUUUGGACCGACUCGCUCCAUCAACUCGACGAUGAGGGCUGCGUCGGGGACGUCUUGCCGCUCGGAUGCGCAGUCCAUGGGACCGUUCACGAGAUUAUCGAGGUGGAGGACUUUGAGAAGCUUGCGCCGAAUGGAGGAUGCACUCUGCUUUGUGCCAUCCUGCCGAUCGGGAGCACAAGCGCAGCGUCUGCUCGCAGCCGUGUCGACGACCGCGCGACUGCGGCCACGCAUGUUCCAGCACAUGUUGCGAAAGCUGUGGGCCAUGCCAGGUUAUCGUCGGUACUCACACCUUGGGCUGCGGGCACGUCAGGCAUGUCACAUGCAAUGAGCUGGGACGUCUGGGCAGUAUCAAGUGCUCGGUCAUGGUUCAAGUUUCCGGCCAGAGCUUCGUCAAAAGACGCUCCCCCGGUGUGCCGCGAGCCAUGCGGCGUAGAGUGCGACGCCUGCGGGCAGACAUGCUCUGCGACCUGCCUGACCUGCCAACGGCUCAGCAAGCCGCUGCGCGCCGGGAUCGAUGUCAUCUCCCAGAAUGGCCUCGCCACCCCUCCUCCGGACAUCAUCCAGCGGACCAAGCACGCGGAGCAUCAGUGUCGACCGGACAUGGACAAGGUACUCGCCAAGCUUGGCCCGCUUGUCCUCGACCUAGCGAAUUUGGACAUUCGCAUUGUCACCUCGCUCGCAGCAGUCGUCCUCCCUGCUCCCGACCGUCAUCCCAACGAACGGGCCCUCGCUCGGCUUCUCUCUUUCGACAAAUACCGGCCCGAGACUGUCAAGCCUAUCUCCAGCGGUACAUUCGGGGCAGGGCUCCAGAGCUUGUUCUGCUUUACUCCAAGCGUCCGCUCAGCCUGGCUCCAGGUUGUCGGUCCGAUCCUGGAGCGCCACGUCCAUCUGGAGGCCUUCUUCUCACCAUCGGUCAUUACAAUCGAAACGACCGUCUCUCGUAUCCGGGCGAUCCUCCACGCGGUCGGCUACCGGCUCAUUCUCGCCCUCUGCGCCGGUCAAUACACCUUGGCACUCCGUCGGAACGCGUCGAGUGCCUUGGACGCCGGUGUCAACGCCAACUUUGUCGCGCACCUCUUCGAUAUCCUUCGGUGGACGGUCCUGCGGAGUUGCGAGCGGGACCUCAAGCUCGCCGAGUACAGCGCGGAGCGUCCCGGUCUGCCCACCGUGGCCAGGAUCGCGGUUGCGGGCGCGCAGAUCGUGCUCGAGCAGUGGACCGUCCUUAUCACCCUUCACGGACUACUGUACGGCGCGCAUCCUGAUGCGGAGCUAGCGAAGGAGGCGAUGGUGAAGGCUGAGCGAAAAUCUCGGGGGAUCGUGGAAGGAGUCAAGCGGGCCUCGAGAGCGGGCGGAGAUGAGAGGGUCUCAGCUAGGAUGGAAGAGCUGGACCGUACACUGGGACGGUGGAUGCAGAUCAAGGAGGUCAGCAGUAGUGCCGAUGUCGAGACGGCCUUGCAGGGGUCUUUGAAGGAUUUGACGGACUUUGCGGAUUGGGCCAUGGCUUGA